AUUUGAGGUUUUAUGGCAUACAUUGUUUACCAACCAAGACAAGAAGCUUCAGUUAUUGACGAUAUCCAAGAGGGUGAAGCAUCAGAAUUGUGAUUGAACAGAUCCGGGACGCUGAAGAUGCCAUCCAUGUGUCUGCUUCCGAUUUAUUUCGAUGUAGGGUUGGAGGAUGAGGCGGAGGCGCUUGACGAGGAGCGGAGUUCUGAGGAGGGCGAUGGUUCACCACUUCAGAAGAGGGCUAAGACAGAAGACGAGGAAAGCGAUAGCGAUGAUUUUAAUGGGCCGACCCUGACGGAAGAGCAGAUGGAGUUAUUCUUAUCUUACCAGGAUCACGUUCGGAAGUAUCAUGGUUUUCAUGUGGAUAUGAGUUUAUGGCCGGAUGGUGUUGGUAUCGUUGGUGGAAUUGAGCCUGUGGACAUUGAGAACGAUGCAACCGAAAAAGCUGAGGUUUAUGAGGCAGCUCGUCGUGCAAUAAAGAUGCACAAACUCGAGAACCCCGAGAGUCCAGAGCUGGAACUUGUACGGGUUAUUCGAGCCAACACAAAUUACUACGCUCUUUUCAUAACCAUGGUGGUUAAAGACGUGGCUUCGGAAAAAGAGGCAAAUUAUCAAGCACUCGCCAACUACUGGGCAAGAAAAGACGGAUCGGUCUAUUUUCGAUUGUUCUUCUUAAGGCCAGAACCAAAACAACAUAGAAUGGAAGAUGUGUAACAGCUGCAGGGCAUUUGCAUUUGAGGUGAUUGAUAAAAACUGUAGAGCAUAUGCUGUUGACCUUGUGGAACGCAAAUGUAGUUGCAGAGAGUUUCAACUAGAAGAUUUUGUCUGUGUGCACGCGGGUAGCAGCUAUAUGUAACCGUAAUGGGCUGUCUUGUUACGACCACGUUUCAAGUUACUAUAGUAGCGAGUCAUGGGUAGAAGCACAUAAGGGUUCUGUCCCGCCCUUAGGUUCAUAUUCUCUGUAUGAUGCUCCAGUGGGAAUUAGAAAUUGGGUGGUUAAAUCACCAAUAUCAGAUAAACGUGCAGCGGGGAGGCCGAAAAAGAAAAGGAUUCCCUCAACAGGUGAAUUUCUAAAGAAGCAAAAAUGUGGAAGGUGUAAGGAGCAAGGUCAUAACCAAAAGACAUGCAACAACCCAAUACCAAGGCAUCAUUGAACUUUUAAGCUUUGUUUUUUUUACUUUGAGUUUGGAAAAUUUUGGAGAUAAAUAAUGUUAGCAAUAGCAGUGAUUCGGUUGUUCUGGAAACAAAUUUUUAUGUGUGAGUGAAAAUGAAUAAAUUAUUUUGGUCAAUUUUGAGUGCUCAUUGAUGACCACCAAUUCAGUAAUUACUUGUUUAGUAAAUAAGGAAGUCCCAGUAAGUUGUUUUUAUUUUGUUAUGUAUUCAUGAAAUUGGCUUUGUACAUGGGGAAGUAGUAGGUCUGUGAUGGCACAGUUAGUAGAUGGUAUUGUUAGU